AUGAGGCCGCGCAAGUCGACGCGCAGGGUGGUCCCACCGCCACCCGACGUCGACGCGCUCAUUAAGCGUCUCACAGACGCCUCCGAGCCCGAUGUUGUUGCCGUCCUGAAACAGCUCCAAAUCUGGCGCUACCCGCGCGCCGACAUGAACUCGUUCCUGCCCGUGACCAAGAAGUUUGGACAGAUCCUCGCCAAUGUGCGCGAAAAGUAUGGCUUUGGCGCCGCCGCGACGGGCGACUGCAAGCUCCAAAUCGAGUCCUUCUCCGCCGAGGACCGCACGCUCGUGCUCGAGAUCCUCCGCUUCUUCCGUCUCCUCAUGGAGAACAGCACGAACCGCAAGCAGUUUGAUGGCUACGAGUUUGUGAACGACUUAUUGUUGACGAACGACCCGGACGUGCUUCAGGCGGCGCUCUUUGUUCUUCAGCGCUCGCUGCAACAAUACGGCACCCAGCUCCCUGUCACCCCAGAGCUCGCGCAGAGCAUUCGCGCCCGCCUUCUCGCUCUCAGCAAGGGCUGGGACCGCUUCUCGCUCGCCGACCUCGACCUCGAGAAGCUCGCGUCCGAGACUGGCAAGCUCGAGAUCCCAGACGAUGUCGCGCAGCUCAAGCUCCAGUUCUACCCGCCCGCCGGCGUUGCCGGCGCCGUCGCGAGCCCCGCCAAGGCUACGACUGGUCUCGCUUCUACGGCGCAGGACACCCCGACGCGGCCGUCUAACAGGCCUCCGCCGUCGAUGGCUGUCACCCCGCACCUGAACGCCGCCGCCAAGAACGCCACGACCCCCGAUAACGGCAUGGUCACCGUCGAUCUCGGCAACAUUCUCACCACGAUGUCGCCGGACACUUACCUUCAGCAGGUCGCCAAGCUUCCGACCGACUACAAGAUGGACGUGAACGAGCAGCUGAAUGCCUUGAACAAGAUCCGCGUCAUUCUCUUCUCCGGCGACCGCGACUCGCGCCGCAAGCUCCUCUCGAGCAGGCUCCUCGCUCUGGCGUGUUACAAUGUCGUGCAGUCCACGAUCUGGCUGUUCGAGCCCGAGCUCGUGAAUCACAUGGCUGAGCUUCUCGUGCCUGGGCGCGAUGUCGGGGAGUCGGUCGUGGCUUCUGCUGUGCUCGCCCUCGAGGCCGCGGCGCACCACCGCACGGAGGUGCUGACGUCCAUCAAUGCGCACGUCAGCCACGGUGUGCUGAUGGGAGUCCUGCGUUCGAUUUCGCAGAAGCUCACGACGGACGCGGAGAUCAGCUACGAUGUUGUCGACGCCGUCCUUGCGUUCCUGUCGUUCAUCAACUCGCAGCCCCAGUACGGCAACCUCCUCGUUGGCGCUGGUCUGCUCCCCAUUCUCCUGCAGAUGCUCGACACGAAGGGCCCGCGGAGAAAUCAAAUCAUUCCCCGUACGGCGGGUCUCAUCGACUCGGCAGUCUUCUCGCACCAGCAGGCACUGCAGGCGCUCACCUCCGCCGACGGCGUCAAUGUUAUCGUCGGACGUAUCAAGGCCGAGGUCCAGAACGUCCUCGAGCAUCCCGCCGGACAGGGUACCCAAAUGUUCAGUCGCGACUCGGAGAUCGCCUGGGACACGAACCCGUUGAAGGCGCUCCUCCGCUCAAUCUACCGCUUGCUCCAAAGCACUGGCGGAUCCGAAGGCUUCCGCAACGUGGUCGAUACCGACCUGCCCAAGUCGCUCAAGCUCAUCUUCACGAACGCUGACAAGUUCGGUAUGCGCAACUUUAGCCUUGCGAUCAACAUCAUGUCGACUAUUGUGCACAACGAGCCUACGUCGCUCGCGAUCCUUCAGGAGAUGCAGCUUCCGCAGACGCUUUUCGACGUUCUCGAGAAGCAGAUGCCCGACACCUUCGAGGUCGUUUACACACUUCCGAACGCGAUUGGCGCCAUCUGUCUGAACGCAUCCGGUCUGCAGUCGACCCUUGACCACUUCUCGGUCGUGUCCAACAUGAUCAAGGUUGCCAUUGGCUGGACCGUCGACAGCGACGCUGGCGAGCGCGACCAGGUUGCCUCGAUCGGUGCCUCGCUCGAUGAGCUCGUCCGCCACCACCCCGGCCUUCGCCCCAAGGUCCUCGAGACGGUUGUGUCCGUCUUCAAGGACGCCAUCGCCGACGCCGAGCAGUUCAAGCCGCCCCUCGCCGAAGUCAACGAGUACACAGCCGAGCCGGCGCCUGCCUCCGAGGAGACCGCGAUGGAGGUCGAGAGCCCCAAGUCGGAGAAGGCCGACAAGACCGAGGCUUCCAAGGACAAAGUCAUCUCGAACCCGCCGCUGUCAAAGCUCACCAACAUUCUUAAGCUGCUGACCGGCCUGCUCCGCAAUGCCGCGAUGUGCCGCGCGUUCGUGAACGAGGAGAACGGUCUCGACAUGAUUCUGAACCUCGCCAGCCUACCGUGCAUUCCCGUCCGCUUCUCGCUGACCGAGGCGGCUGUCGCAAUCCCCGGCGUCUUACGCGUGAUUGGCGAUCACAACCCUGUCAAGCUGACCGAGCGCAUGACGAACGCCGUCAAGGACGAGCUCGAGGCGCUUCCUCAGCUUUGGAAGGACAGCGACGCCCAUUCCAACUGGGCCGCGCUUACCAAGGAGGAUGGCACGCCCGAAGACCAUCUGCUGCUCCGCCGUGCGGCCGGCCUCGCUAUGCGCCUCUCGUUCCUGUCUGAGUAUCUCAGCAUGAACUUCGGCUCCAAGCGCGAGGCUACCGACCUCAUCAAGCUCCUCGGCGUCACCUCCGGCUCACCGCUUAUGAACAACCUCGGCCAGCUUCACCGCAUUGCGUUCCAGGAGCACGUCAUCCUGAAGGACGUUGUUGCGGCGCAGAACCCACCGUCGGAGCCUACCACGCCCGCCACUACCGACGCUCCCGCUCAGAGCGCCGAGGGUUCAGCAGCUGCAGCUGCCGGAGAGGGCGAGGCCACCACCUCUGGCGAGACUACCGUCACGACCACCGGGGACAGGAGCGAGAGCCAGGUCAUCGAGAUCGGCCGCGACGUUUCCGACCUCUCGAACAAGCCGCCGACGCGCGCCCAGACCGUCAAGACGAUCGCUACGCGCAUGCACGCCAUUCUGACCAAGUUCUUCAAGGCGUCGAUCCGUCUGAUCUUCAACAAGCGUAUUCCCGACGCCUCGCACAAGCCUGAGGCUGACGCUCUCGGAGAGUGCAUCGCGUCGAUCAUCAUCGGCCACCUGCAGUCCUCGGCGCAGGUGCCCAGUAAGGCUUUUGCGAUCGACACUGUUGCCCUUGGCCUCGCCGCGAUCCUUCUCUUCGACGAGCGUGGCGUCGAGGGCUCGAUGCAGACUACCCUCUUCAUCCCGUUCGAGAAGCAGGGUGGCGUCAACGUCAUCCUUGACACCGUCGGCCGAAUUCUCUACCACCUUGACAAGAUCACAAUCAUUCCCCAGGCCGACCGCACGAAGGAGCAGGCCGAGGAGUGGAAGACCAACGUCGCUGGUGCGCGUAUCGCGACCUCCAUCCUCGAGGCUCUCAGCUCGUAUCGUGCGCUUGUCAACGCCGCGCAGACGACCGUCAUUCAGGAGCGUGAGGCGGUCCUGCCCCCAGAGAAGCGCUUCCAGCCGCACGCCACCCACCUCCGUAUCGAGUGCGCCGUGCUGCCCACCGCAUUCAAGCUCUGGAACUCAAACUGGCUCCCGCACAUGGACCAGGACAUCAUCAGCGUCGCCAAUUGCAUGGUUGUCGGCAUGAUGAACAACCGUAUCGAGAAGCCCCCCGAUCUUAUGGAACCGGCUCUUUCCUCUAGUGACGACGAGGAGCCGCCUGUACCCCAGCCCCUGCGCCCGCAGGUCACUGCCGACCCCGCUCGCGUUACCCAGCUGACCGAGAUGGGCUUUGGCCGUGGCGCAGCGCAGCGCGCGCUCGUCCGCACCCGUAACAAUGUUGGAGCUGCCGCCGACCUGCUCCUCAGCAUGCCGCAUCUGUUCCCCAACGACGACCCGGGAACCGAUGACACCCCCGCCCCAGCUGAGAACGCCCAGGCGACUCCUGCUGCCACCGAGGGUGCUGCUACCGAGGGAGGUGCCACCGCCGACGGUGCUCAAAGCACCACGGCUGAGGGUAGUACUUCGACUGCUACCGAGACUCCCGCUGAGGCCGGUCCUUCCUCCGAGGAGCAGAAGCCUGAAGACAAGAAGGACGAUAAGAACAGCAAGGACGACAAGAAGGACGACAAGGAAGAGAGCAUGGAGGUCGACAAGCCUGAUCUACCCAGUCCUGAAACUGUCUUCGAGCAGGCGCGAGAGCAGCUGUUCGAGCUCCGUGAGAAGUACAAACCUGGCAUGCCCGAGCGCGCAAUCGAGAUCAUCGACCAGACGCAGAGCGCCAUUCCCGACCUCCUUGGUGCCUUCGACUUCACGCCCGAGGGAGCCGAGUACAUCCUGAAGCGCAUUCAGGAGGCUGCGACACAGCAGCCGAUCGACGACAAGAUCCUCUCGGCUCGUCUCCGCCUCCUCGCUGUCUUCAUCGACAGCCAGACCACCGCUAGCGGCGGCACGCAGAUCGAGCUCACCGAGGAGCAGGCCAAGUCCGCUAUGCAGAUCCUCACCUCGAUCCCGAUUGACAUGGAGAAGCGUCCUACCUGGCUUUCGGAGUACCUUCUCGCCGUGGAGGCUGUCUUCCAGAUGGGCUGGACCAUCACGCCUACCUCUAUCGGCGACGAUGCCGUCUCGAACGUCGUCACUGAGGUUGACUUUGGAGAUGCUUACCAGAAGCUCCAAAAGCUCUCCCUGGACAUGCUCAAGGCUGAGGACAUUUCGCGUCCCGACAUGAUGUCCGCCAUGCGCAUGCUCGUCAUUCUCACUCGUCGCACACCGUCCAUCUGUACCCCCGACGUCAUGAAGACCAUCCUCGGCGCCUUCAAGACGUCGACUUCCCACGCCGUCGGCUCAUUCGCGCUCCUCGCCAUCGUCGCCCGUCACUCCUUUGAGAAGGACGCACUCAAGGAGACGAUCGACCGCGAGGUCGGCUCCUUCUGGAUAGCACCCUUCGGGCCGGGCAACCAGCGCAACGGAACUGAGCUUGACUUCAUGAUCCGCCAGCUGCGUCAGGUCGCGUACCGUGACCCCACGCUGUUCGUUGACGCAGUUCAAGAGCAGUUCAAUCUUGUUAACACCAAGCCGCACCGUCGCGGACUGGACAUCAACUCGAAGGUCUCCUUCCGUAUCAUGCGCAAGGAGAAGCCUGCGGACGAGAAGAAGGACGAGAAGGAGUCUGCUGAGCAAAACCAGGGCCAGACCCAGGCCCAGGGCCAGACCGACCCCUUCACCAAGACGAACUUUGACUCGUUUGAGAACCAGCCCAUCAUGGACAUGCUCGUCUCGGAGCUUGGCACUACGCUGCGUUCCAUCCAGCAGGAGGAGGCGAACAAGCGCAACGGUACCGACUACACCCCCGCCUGCGCCGAGCUGUACUCAUACGCUCUGCUGCUCAUGUCGGUUAUGACCGAGCUGGUCGGCUCGUACAUCUCAGCCAAGAAGGCGUUCAUGGCCGCUGUACGCAAGCACAUGCUCUACGGCGUCGGCAAAGGCAAGUCUGGCCUUGGAGCCAUCCUCACCGACGUUGUUUCGUGCGUCUCGCUGUCCGACGUGCACAACAAGGCAGCUGGUGCCGCCAAUCCCGCCUCGCAGCGCCGCUUGACCAUGUCGAGCUGGGCUAUCUCGCUCAUUGUCGCCCUCUGCUCCAACCUCGGCAUCACCCCGGACAUCAAGGAGAUCCCCGAGGACCUCGUCACCGUCCGCAAGGCGGUCCUCGACGGCAUCUCCAAGGCGCUCAAGGACUGUGCCUCGCCCUCGCUCGACCUUGGCUCUCGCUACGGCCGUCUCUGGGCUCUUGGCGAGCUGAUCUACCGUCUGCUCACUGCCCGUCCGACUAUCGUCCCUAAGAUGGGCCAACCCGCGGACGACUCGGGCCUGCACCUCGCCAAAACGAUGCUCGAGAAGAACUUUGUUAGCACGAUGACCUCGGCCGUCUCGGAGGUAGACCUCAACUAUCCUGACGUUCGCAACGUGCUGCUGUCCCUGCUCAAGGCGCUUGAGUACCUCACCAAGAUCUCGAACAAGUGGGGCAAGAGCGACAACAACAAGGGCGGCGAGUCGGAACACCCCGAGGAGAGCGAAGAGGACUCCGAGUCUACCAGCGACGACUCGGAGAUGGACAUGAGUGACGAGGACGAGGGCACCCCUGACCUCUACCGCAAUUCCGCUCUUGGCAUCAUCGGCGGUGACAUCGACGUCGACGACGAGGACGACGACAUGGACGGAACUGAUGACGAGGACGAGGACGACCUGGCGUUCGAUGAGAUGGAGCACGACAUGGACGAUGAUGAGGGCACCGAGCCUUCGGACGACUCCGAAGACGACGUGGAGGAGGAUGAGGAUAUGGAGGGAGAAUGGGAUGAGGAGGACGGCGAGGAGGACCAGGGCAUCGAGGUCGGUGCCGAACUCGAUGAUAUGGUUGAGACUGAAAUCCCAUGGGAGGAGGAUGACAUGGGCGAGGAGGAGGACGUCGAGGAGUAUGACUCCGAGGAUGAAGAUCAGUUCGAUGAGAACGAUAUCGGCAUGGAGUUCGAUAUGGACGAGGAGGACGAAGAGCUCGCCGGAUUCGACGAGGACGGAUAUGAUGCCCUCGACGCGAUGGACGGCAUCGGCCCCUCGCACAUGGAUCUUGGUGAGCCCUCCGGCGCCUGGGGAUGGCAGGACCCUGCUGCUCGUCCCGGCGCUCGCAGGGGCGUCAUGGACAUGGACCGCGCGCCGACGUCCCUCUUCGGCUUCUCCCGCCGCGAGCCCGUUAACGUCAACCGCCACCCGCUGCUCUACACCAACUCGUCCCGUACUAUGGGCGAUCCGGUCCGCAGCAACGCCAACCCCUUCGGUGCUCUGUCCAGCCUCAGCGACCUCAUCAGCAGCAUCGAGGGUCUCGGUGGCCCUCAGGCUGUCCAGUUCCUGGAGAGCGUUGUACACCAGAGCCGACACUCUGGUGCUGACACCAUCCGCGUCGACCUCGCUCACCGCAGCGACGGCGGCUUUGGUCUGUCCAUCGGUGGUCGCUCUAUCAGCGUGGCCCCGCCGUCGCGUACUCUUCCGUCUACGCCCGAAGAGGUGCAGCGCGAGUACCGCCCCGCUCCCACCCUCCCUCGUUGGAUGGACGAGCUCGGUGUCUUCCCGCACGACACCCCCGAGCUCCAGGAGCGCAUUUUCACCCACAUCGUCAACCGUCUCAUGCCUGCCGCCCUUCGGGCUGCGGCCGAGGAGGAGGAGCGCAAGGAGAAGGCGGAGCAGGAGGCUGAAGAGGCCGCCGCCAAGAAGCGCGAGGAGGAGGCCGCUCACGCCGCCGCUAUUGCGCUUCCCGAAUCGCGCCCCGAGUCCAGGCCCGAGACCGCCCUCAGCGACGCCGCUGCCGAGGAGGACGUCGACAUGAUGUCUCAUGACGAUGAGUCUGGUGAUGAGGAGGAGGAUGAAGACGAAGACAUCGAGGAUGAUGGUCGCGAGCGAGUGACUAUCAACAUCCACGGUGAGGAAGUCGACAUCACCGAUACUGGUAUCGAUCUUGAGUUCCUGGAGGCUCUGCCCGAGGACAUGCGUGCCGAUGUCGUCGAGCAGCAUCUGCGCGAGCAGAACCGCCUGAUGCGCCCGCCCGCGUCUGACGUUCCCGCCGGCUCGUCGCAGAUCAACCCCGAAUUCCUCAACGCUCUGCCGCCCGAGAUCCGUGCUGAGGUCGUCAUGCAGGAGGCUAUGGAGCAGGAGCGCGCCCGCCGCACUACCCAGCCCGAGCCCGAGCCUGCUGCGCCUGUCAUUGAACCGCCCCUCCAGCGAGGAGAAGCUGCUCUUCGUGAGCUGCUCGCCGGCACUACGGAUGCCCUGUUCUUCGGCCCGGACGGCGUUCCCCGAAACCGUGAGCUCGGCGGCCCGCCUGGUCUCAAGAUCUUCCCGCUCAAGAUGGGCCACGAGCCGAAGCCGAAGCGCGACGCCAUUCAGCUUCUCGACAAGGCUGGCAUUGCCUCGCUUGUUCGUUUGCUCUUCGUCCCCGAGGCGAUCAGAAAGGGAUACCUUAUUAAGACGCUUGUUCACCUCUGCGAGAACUCAAAGACCCGCACCGACUUGCUCAACGUCUUGCUGUCUAUUGUCCAGGACGGCACCGGUGAUCUGCCCGCCGUCGACAAGAGCUUCCAGCAGAUGUCGCUCAAGGGUCUCGCCACACCUCAGAACAAGGCCACGCCGAAGGGCAAGGUCAUGGAGACGCCCGCGUCGCAGAUCACUAGCGGUCUCUUCGCUCACCUGCAGUCGGACCACAUCCCGACCUUCAUCGCGCAGCGCUGCUUCGAGGCGCUCUCCUACAUCGUCAAUGCCAACCAGCAGGCCGUCAUGUACUUCCUCACGGAGCAUGAGCAGCCUGUUGGCCUGAAGAAGCCGGCGUCGAAGAAGGGCAAGGGCAAGGAGAAGUACCUGCCCCAGACCAAGUUCCCGAUCGUCAUUCUCAUCGGCCUGCUCGACCGCCCCAACCUGCUCAAGGCGCCCGGCAUGAUGGACUCGCUCACCAGCCUGCUCGCCGCCGUCACCAAGCCUCUCGCCCAGCUGCCCCAGCAGGAGAAGGAGGCUCAGGAGGCUGCCAAGGAGGGCGAGAAGAAGGAUGCCGCGCCAACUGCCGGUGCCAUCACUGCCCCUCCCGCCGCACAGCCCGUUGCAGGUGCCGGGGCUGGUGCCGCCACCACCUCUGGCACUGCUGUGGAGAAGGCGGGCGAGAGCUCCAAGCCGGCUCCUUCGACUAAGCAGAUCCUCAAGGCUCCUGUCAUUCCCGCCCCCGUGCUCCGCCUUGUCGUCAACUGCCUCACUAUCGGUGACUGUUCGAGCAAGACCUUCCGCGAGACCCUCUCAGCCCUGCAGAACCUGUCGUACAUUCCCGACGCCAAGCCUGUGCUUGUCCAGGAGCUCUGCGCUCGUUCUCAGCAGCUCGGCGGUGUCAUUAAGGGGGAGCUCAAGGAGCUCGCCACCAUGCUCGCCGACAAGGACCACGAGGUAUCGGGUGACAUGCUCACCACGUUCUCGCCUGCUGGUUCGAGCCAGGCGCAGCUUCUGCGUCUGCUCAAGACCAUCGACUACCUCCACUCUCAUCCCCACGGUCGCAAGCCGGAGACGGAGAAGGAGCAGACGGAGGACGAGAAGGCCGCUCGUGACAUCUACAACUCGUUCGACUUCACUCAGAUGUGGAAGCAGCUCAGCGACUGUCUCACCCUCGCCGAGGAGCGCGAGAGCACCGACCAGAUCGCUGCCGUUCUUCUCCCUCUCGUCGAGGCCCUCAUGGUCGUCUGCAAGUACACGCGUACUCCCCAGACCGACGCCGUCGCCUCGCCGACAAGCCCCAAGUCUCCAUCGUCCGACAUCACCCAGUCGACCGACCUCUUCAUCUCGUUCACCACCACGCACCGCAAGGUUCUGAACGCUAUCGUCCGUCACAACCCAGCGCUUAUGAGCGGUUCUUUCAGCCUUCUCAUUGCCAACCCGAAGGUUCUCGAGUUCGACAACAAGCGCAACUGGUUCUUCCAGAAGCUGCGCCGGAAGCGCGAGGCGCUCAACUACGGCACGCUCCACCUCAAUGUGCGCCGCCAGUAUGUCUUCCAGGACUCGUACUCCGCUCUGCUGCACCGCUCGGGCGACGAGGUCAAGUAUGGCAAGAUCAACAUCAAGUUCAUCAACGAAGACGGAAUCGACGCCGGCGGUGUCACUCGCGAGUGGUUCCACGUCCUCGCUACGCAGAUCUUCGACCCGAAUUUCGCCUUGUUCGAGCCGUGCGCUGCCGACAAGCAGACGUACCAGCCGAACAAGCACUCGAGCGUUGUUGACGACCACUUGUCGUUCUUCAAGUUCGUUGGACGUGUCAUCGGUAAGGCCAUCUACGACGGCCGCCUCCUCGACGCCUACUUCUCGCGUGCCUUCUACAAGCAAAUCCUUGGCCGUGACGUCGACAUGCGUGACCUCGAGUCUAUUGACCCUGAGUACCACAAGUCGCUGCAGUGGAUUCUGGACAACGACAUCACGGACGUCAUCGACCAGGAGUUCACGAUUGAGGACGACUCGUUCGGCGAGACGAAGAUUGUCGAGCUCAAGGAGGGUGGCGCCAAGAUUCCCGUCACGGAGGAAAACAAGGCCGAGUACGUGCGGUUGGUGUGCGCGUACCGCCUGGAGAACUCGAUCCGAGACCAGAUGAAGGCGUUCCUGACUGGCUUCUACGACAUCAUCCCGCAGAGCCUGAUCCAGAUCUUCGAGCCGGAUCAGCUCGAGCUUCUCAUCUCGGGCAUGACGACGAUCGAUGUCGAUGAGCUCAAGAACUCGACGCAGAUGGCGGGCUGGAAGGGCUCGGACCCCGAGAUCUCGUGGUUCUGGCGCGCACUCCGCAGCUUCUCACAGGAGGAGCGCUCGCGCUUCCUCAUGUUCGUCACUAGCAGUAGUCGAGUGCCCCUCGGCGGCUUCUCGCAGCUGCAGGGCGCGAGCGGCACGCAACCGUUCCAGAUCCAGAAGCUCUACGGCAAGGAGGGCAUCCUGCCGCAGGCGUCAACGUGCUUCAACCUCCUCCUCCUGCCCAAGUACGCGUCGUACGAGCAGCUGCGCGAGCGUCUCCUGUUCGCCAUCACGGAGACGAGCGGCUUCGGCAAGGCGUAA